GGCCCGAACGAUAAGCGCAGCUGGGGGGAAUUGGCCCUGUCCUCUGCCGCUCUGCGCGAUUCAGCCCGGCGAGCGCUCGCCUGCGUCGGUUCCCCCCCCCCCCCCCCCCACUGGAAUUGGAGCUGCUGCGAUGGAGGAGCAGUUCAUCCUCCGCGUGCCGCCGUCCGUGGCGGAGCGGAUCGAGCGCCUCAUGAAUGAAUCCGCCGCCGCGUCCUCCUCCAACCCUGACGACACCUCCCUCGACCUCUCCUUCUCAGAGGAUGGAAGAAAUGGUACAUUUAUGAUUGGUAAUGAGAGCUUUCCUGCAUCUCUUUUGGAUCUACCUGCGGUGGUGGAGUCAUACAAGACGUAUGAUGAUUCUGUACUAAUUAAAACUGCUGAUAUUGGCCAGAUGAUUAUGGUAAGAGAAGAAAAUGACCCUGUUCCUGAGGGAGUUGAAUACAAGCAUGGGCUUACUCCUCCAAUGAGGGAUGCACGCAGACGCCGUUUCCGCAGAGAACCAGACUUGAGUGCAGAGCUGGUUAACCAAGUUGAGAAGCAUCUCAUCAAUAUUAUGCACGGAGUAUCUGUCAACCAGAAUGCCAGUGUGAUAGGAGGCGCGGAAGGUGGUGAUCGUAAGAAACCUCCAGUGGCUCGUGCACCCAAGCAGCCUGAUGUUCAAGAGCCAACUGCGAAUGGUGAGGAACCUGAGAGGAGUGACUCGGAAGAGUCUAACUGAAGUGGACCUGAAUAGUACAGCGUCAAUGGCCCAAGUGACCCAGGCUAAACUUGCACUUUAAACCAGUGUAUGUCUAUAAUGACGAUGGCUGUUGUCUCAUGCAUGAUGUUGACAAUUAUCAUAAAAUUAUUAUUAGACUUCAGCAUGCGAUGGAGUUGAGAAGUCAGAUUAAUGCUCAACUCUACUUAAAAAACUUCUCAUCAUGAGGUUGAGAAGUCAGAUUAAUGCUCAACUCUACUUAAAAAACUUCCAGUUGGUUAGUAUCUUGUGACAUAGUCCUUUCCGUACAUAUACGUACAGACAGUAUAUGUAUUGAUUUUCUCAUCAAUUUGCUUACCAAGCA